AUGUGCCGCCGCCACCUCUCCGACCACCCGGCCCUCCCCCACCGCCUCGGUGGCCACCACCGCCUGGGCCGCCACCACCCCGACCACCGGGCCCACCCAGCCCACCACAUCAUCCUCAUGGCCCACCUAGCCCACGAGGCCCACCUCCGCCUGGGCCACCACCACCUCGACCACCCGGCCCACCUAACCCACCGCAUCAUCCUCAUGGCCCACCUAGGCCACGAGGCGCACCUCCACCUGGGCCGCCACCUCCCCGACCACCUGGCCAUCCCCCACCUCCAGGCCCACCACCACCUCGGUCGCCACCACCUCCCCGACCACCCGGCCCACCCAGCCCACCGCGCCAUCCUCAUGGCCCACGAGGCCCACGAGGCCCACCUCCUCCAUGAUCAUACUUCUCAUUACUAG